ACUUAUUAAAUAGAUCGCUUUUUGACUUCAUUUGAAGAUGCAGAUUUUCGUGCGACAACUCGAUGGCUCCAACCAGGUGACCGAGGUCACUGACUUUUCCGUGGCUGCUGUGAACAUGGCAGUGGGUCUGGAUGAGCAGACUAACUACCUCUCAAUUGGAGGAGUCCCACUAGAGAGUGCAGAUCAGUUGAGCGAGAACUGCACUGUGGAACUGCUUGCCAGACUUCCUGGAGGAAAGGUACACGGAUCUUUGGCUCGUGCUGGAAAAGUUCGAAACCAAACACCAAAGGUUGAGAAGAGCGAAGACAAGAGAAAGAAGCUCUCGGGAAGAGCCAAAAGGCGACAGCAGUACACCAAGAGGUUCAUCAACGUUGUCGUCGGACCCGGAAAGAAAAGAGGGCCCAACUCGAAUGCCAAGUAGACUGCGUCAACUAACACAAUCCCAAACAGCAAAUUACUGAGACACCGUUUUAGACUAAUAUCUGAGUUAAUUGCAAGCUUUGGAAAUUAGACACUGUUUUCGGCAGCUUAUUGAUUCGUUUAUUGAGUUCAAGUUUGGGUGUUA